AUGGAUAACACAGAUUUAAAAAAUUUAAUUGCUGAUUUAGUACUUAAUCAAAAAUUUCUUAGUUAUUACGAUUUAAAAUCAUAUCUCCAAAAACAUAAUAACAAUAUAACGGGUGAUGAUAUGGAAUAUUAUUAUCCAUAUUAUAAAAAUGAAAUUUUGAAAUAUCAUAAUAAAAUAAUUUCUGAAAUUAAAGACAAAAUUAAAAAUAAUGAAUAUUCAAAGGGAAAAACGAAAUCACAACUUAAACAGUUGAAAGAUUUCAAAAAUAAAGUAUUAACAGAAGAAGAUAUUGAUGAAUUAUAUAAAUUAUAUAAUCCUGAGCCACAAAAACCAAAGGAACAAAAACAAAAGGUGCAAAACACCCAGGUUCAGCAGCUCAUAAAUGAUGCACAAGCUUUAAUUUAUGAUUCAUUAGUUAAACCAUAUUCAGCCCGACUUUUAAAUGAAGAUCAACUUUUGGAAUUCAUCCUUCAACAUAAACUCGAAGCGGGAAAGUAUAUCAAACCUUUAUAUACAGCAUAUUUAAAACAAAUGAAUAGAAUACAUCCAGAAUUAAUGAAGGGGGGAAUGAAAUCCAAAAUCAAAGCAGAUAAAAUUAAACCACUUGCAACACCAAAACCCCCAACAGUAGUACCUCCUCCUCCUUCAGUUAAUCCUUCAUCAUUCACUUUAUUAUAUCCAUUUCAAACAUUUAAGAAGCAAAAAGAUUUUAAAAAGGGUUUCAAGAUAUUAAAUAAACCAAUUGACCCGAAAAUUCAACCGUUAAAGGAAAAAUUUAGUCGCCCUUCAUUUGCACCUUCACCUUAUUCAUACGAAAUUGAUCAUCUGGAAUAUUCAAAAGGAAAUAUUACUUAUUUAUUUGCCAUUAACAUUAACACUAGAUAUUUAUA